AAAAUUUUUGCGAGAAAGGAAAAAGAAAAAUCACGCCUACAAUAUCAAUGGGCUUAUUCCGAAAUCUCACCGGCAUCUUCACCGUCGUAUUAAUUCUGACUCUCUUUUUUGCCUCCUCCAAUGCAAUCCAAAUAAAGAUCCUCAACAACUGCUCCUACACGGUCUGGGCCGCCGCCAACCCCGGCGGGGGAAGGCAGUUAAACCAGGGCCAAACAUGGACUCUCACCAAUGUAAACGGUGCAGGCCGCAUUUGGGGCCGAACCAACUGUGCUUUCGACCGCGAUGGACGCGGAAAAUGCGAGAGCGGCGACUGCGACGGGCGUCUCGAAUGCAGAUCUAAUGGCAGAGCCCCCAACACCAUCGCUGAGUAUGCGCUAGAUCAAUCAAACGACAACGAUAUUGUCGGCGUCUCGGUAGUCGAGGGGUUCAACAUUCCGGUAGGAUUCAGUAAUUUAACUGGGUCCUGCUCUAGUCGAGAGAGCAAAUGCACGGGGGACGUAAACGGAGCGUGUCCGAUGGAGUUGAGAGAUCCCGGCGGGUGCAACAACCCCUGCACAGUGUUUAACAACAACCAGUUUUGCUGCACUUCGAGGAAUAUCUGUGAGGCGACAAGUUAUUCCAAAAUUUUCAAGGAUCUAUGUCCGUACGCGUCUACAUAUCCUUCCGAUGAUGAUGGAAAAAGUAUUUGCCCAACUGGGAUUGACUACAGUGUCGUUUUUUGCCCUUCAAGCUCAAGCAAAGAAGUGGCCAGAAGUCCUCCCAGCAAUCCCAGCCGUGAUAGUGGCGUCCUUUUCAAAAUCCUGAAUAACUGCCGCUACACAGUCUGGGCCGCCGCCUCACCCGGCGGUGGCAGGCAGUUGGACUCCGGCAAGACAUGGACCAUCAACGUCAACCCGGGCACAAGCAGUGCCCGAAUAUGGGCCCGAACAGGCUGCAGCUUCGAUGGGGCGGGGCGCGGUAGGUGCCAGACGGGCGACUGCGGCGGCAUCCUCGAGUGCCAAGGCUACGGCCAGGCUCCCAACACCCUGGCGGAGUUCACGCUGAGCGGAUUCAGCAACUUGGACUACAUCGACAUCUCGGUCAUCGACGGGUUCAAUGUGCCGAUGGAGUUAAGCCCCAUGUCUGGCGGGUGCAACCGCGUGAUCCAGUGCACCGCCGACAUCAUCGAACAGUGUCCCGCCGCGUUGAGGGUCGACGAUGGUUGCAAUGGCGCUUGUGCCGUCUUUAAGACCGACCAGUAUUGUUGUACUUCUGGAAACUGUGGGCCCACAAAUUACUCUAAGUAUUUCAAGGAUCGGUGUCCUGAUGCUUAUAGCUACCCUAAGGAUGACGCCACCAGCUUAUUCACUUGUCCUUCUGGGGCCAACUAUAAGGUCGUGUUCUGCCCUUGAUCAAGUUAUAAUGCUUGCAUGGAAUCCUUUGUAUGCAGAUUGUACUAUAUAUACUAAUAUCAUAUCAUAUAUAAAUAAUUUGCAUGCAGAUUGUACUAUAUAUACUAAUAUCAUAUCAUAUAUAAAUAAAUGUACUAUCUCCUACCAGCUGAGAUAAACCA